UAUAGAAUUAUUGCAAUCAGCUGUUGAAAAUUCUAUUGUAAUUUGACAACUGACGUAGACUGUAGACGACAUUAACUACAUUUCAAUGUUUGUUUUUAAUUCAGUUUUCCUUUUAACCCGGAUCCAGAGUUUGUAAAAUGUGUGCUCUAAAUUAAUUCUUAAUUUUAUUGCUUGUAAAUAAAUGAAACCUUCAUUGUAAAUGAGUUGGAAACAUGGCUUGGCUGACUGGAAUAACGGGCAAGGCCGAAGAAUUUCUGAAUAAAUUGGACCAAAAUGCUGCGGUUGUACUCCAGAAAGAAAAAUCGGUUAAAAAAUUUAGCAACGAGCAACUAGUAGAAGUUACUACAUCGUCGGAAAAUUUACAGAAGAGGUAUACUCCGCCACCUCCGAAAUCAAGUCCGUUGAAAGCAGCGAUUCCAUUGGUCAAGUCUUCGCCCAAUCUUAGCUCAGCUAAAGUUCCAGACGAGGAUCAUUUAAUGCAGUUUCUCAAUACUCCAACCAGUGUUGAUAUUGAGGUGACCACGAAUAAGGAGAAUGGAGGAAUCCUAGUAACCGAGAAGGAGACAGAAGGCAGCUCAAAACAGACCAACAUCGACAUGAUUGGCACAGAUGCGCAGAUUUCAUCCUCCGAAAAGGAGUGCCAGUUGCUCAAAAACGAAGUGAGGAGUUUGAAUAAUGAGAUGUCGCUGCUGUUGCAUCGUACUAAGGCAGCUGAAAAAGAAACAGAAAAGUUGAAAAACGAACUUUCGGAGGCUGAGGGUCGCAUAUCUAGACUACAGGCUGAUCUACAGGGCUCCAGACUGCAGUCUAUUUCCGAUGCGGAGCUUAUACGUUCUCUACAGACUGCUAAUGAAUUGCUGACCCAACAAACUUCCGACUCCACUGGUAAACAAACAGAGGCAAUCGAGGAAUUUCAACAAAAACUUCAAGAAGCUGAAGCCAAGCGAGCUGCGACUAUCUCUGAAUUGGCCGCUCUUCAAAACAGAUUGCAGCUAGUUGAAGAAGAAAAGUUGUGCGCGGUGGAGGCGCGUGAGGCAGCCCAGACGGAGCUGACGUGUGUGACGCAACGUGUGGCCGAACUGUGCGCCGAAUACGACGCGUAUCGCACGCGCGCACAGCGCACACUCGCCAACAAGGAACAGCUGAUCGCCGAACUGCGCAAAUCGCCAACUGAUUCGUCGGCCGACUCGCUGCUCGAAAUUGAGUUGCAGCAGAUUAGAGAAGAACGCGCCGCCCUUGCCGAAGAGAACCAGCAGCUGGCGGGGCGGCUGGAGGCGGCUCGAGGGGCGGUGACGGCGGUGGAAGCCCGGCUGGAGGCGGCAGCCGAGGGGCAGCAGCGGCUGCGGGAGGCGGCACUUGAGGAGACGCGGAAGCGGCAAGCGGCUGAGGAUGAUUGUCGCGCACAGGCCGAGGAGCUGCAGUCGAUCCGCGAAGAGCUGAACCGCCAACGCGUUCAGCUACAGUCGCGGCUGCGCGAACGCGACGCAGAACUGAGCCGUCUGCGCAUGCAGCUUGGCGCAUCGACGCCCAGGGCGGACGGCGAGGUGGAGGCGCGACUCAAGGCAUUGACUGCCACCCUCGUGCAGAAGCAGACCAGCCUAGAGGUCGUCGGCAGUGAGAGAAAUGCGCUCCGGCUGCAGUUGGAGGAAAUCGAGCACAAAUACAGAGAGGCAAUCAGCAUGUUGAAUCAUGUACAGGGCAGGAUGAUUAAUGUGAAUGACACAGAUGAUGCUAAAGCACAAGUCCCGACAUUUCUGAUGGAAAGUCCAUUUGAUACGAGUGUGACAAGGCGAGUGAAGCGAGCCUACUCCUCGUUGGAUGCUGUCGGAAUCCGCACAAGUAUUUUUCUGCGACGGUAUCCACUUGCAAGGAUUAUUGUACUGUUUUAUGUGAUUGUACUACAUUUAUGGGUAUUCUUAGUGCUAUUCUCGUAUACUCCUGACAAUAAUACAACUGGAAUGUAAAAUAUCAUCAAUAGGCCUAAAGCUGCUUCAAUUAUAAGGGUUUGACCCAAUCUCAAAGACACUGGAAAUUAUUUAAUUAAUAUUAUAUUUAAUAGAAACCGAAGUAAGUAUAA